AUGAGCACGGCUGCCUCGCCUUCAGGCCCUUCAACGCCGACACCUUUCUCUCCGUCCACUGCUCCGGGCAGCUCGGCUCAGACGCCUAAUCCCCAUGCACAGCAGCGACCGCGGCAACCUUCGACUACUGCGUCACCGGCCGCUACGCCCAGUCAACCGAACACGCCUGCCGCGCCGGCACCGCAACCGCUCCCAACGCAAGCGCCGCCACCACCACCGGAACCUGAUUACGCUCCCAUUACUGCAGUGAAGAGGAAACGCUUGCAGGAUACUGGCUACUCGCCUGCUGAGAUCGCAGAGGUCGAGAGCAGGGCUGCUGCCUUCGACCUGGCCCUGGCGCUUGACCAAGAUGCGGUCCUGAACCCGCCGAAGAAGCCCAAGGCGUUUACGAGCUUUGGAGACGCCGUGGAGCAACUCCUGCCGUAUCAUGUGUUCCAGAUCCACGACGACGACCUCUUGACAGAGGACAAGCGCACGCCGCAACAGGAUGCGCUCGAACUGACAAGGCAGCAUGCGUCCGACCUUCCCUCUUUGAUCACCCUGCUGCAGGCUUCGACCCAGGUCGUCCGCGAGGAGAUGCAGGGCGUUCAGGCCGAGCUACGAACGGUCCGCCAGCAGUGGGACGUUAUCGAUGCCGAGAACCGUCGGAAGCGCCAAGCGAUUGAGGAAGCUCAGCGGAAAGAGCGCGAGGCGCGUGAGGCUGCCGAGCGAGCCCGACAGGCAGAGAUUCGGAGACAGCAGUUACUCGUGGCCGAGCGAGAGCGACUGGCGAGGCUGCAGCAGGCGAAUGCGUUGCAACAGCAACAGCAACAACAGGCUGCAGCGGCAGCUGCAGCUGCUCCACCUGCAACUACACCCGUGCCAGUGGCCGCGGCUCCAGGCACGCCAGCUCCAGCAGUUGCCCCGGCUGGGGUUGGAGUUCCUGCUGGCACUCCCGUAGCGACGACGACGGCAUCACCGGCACCAGGCACCCCAACCGCUGUCCGAGGACGACCUCGCGGACGACCUCGGGGAAGUGGUCGGGGAGGAGUGCGACCUCCUGUAACCCCACAUAUCGCCUCGCCCUCGACACCGGGUGCGCGCCCGGCUACGCCAGCGACGACGGCCGCCAAGCAGCCUGUUAUCAUCACUGUGGCGAUGGCUACGGUGCAACAAUUCGUGAACCACGGCAUUCUCGUGAUUCCACCAGUUCCCGGCGGACCCAAGCCGCCAGCGUCCGUCGUGAGAACUAGCGAGGACAAAAAGCAGGUUAUUUUGUCCAUCGAUCUUGGAGCGUGUAAUCAGGCUCAGCUGCAAGCUUUGGCUCGAAUUCUGGGAGUGCACAACAAGCUUCCAGGAGCCAGUCCCGGGGCUGUCGGUGCAGCACCUGCUGCAGGCACGGCCGGUACUAGCGCGCCGAGUACAAAUGCAGCCGCGGCUGGCGCGGCGGCAGGAGCGGCAGCUGACGCAGCUGCGGGCGGUUCCAAUGCAUCAACGGCACAGGCGGGAGGUGGUGGCGUGCCGACUGCCCCCGCUGCCCCCAACGGACCAAGCGUUGGUGCGGCGACACCGAGCAAUGCUGCAGCCAGCGGCUCUGUGACGCCAGGGACCGCCAAUGCCGCCGGGUCGGGGAGCGGGCAGUAG